UCGGGCAGGUGGAGGUGAGCAAUCACCUGAGCGCUCCUGCACUGCCGGAAGAGGGCAGGAAGGUUGCUCCAACGUUCCUCCUCUGGCCACUAGAGGGGACCCCGCCAGGUGAGCGCCCAGCUGGGUCCCCGGGUCUCUCCCCCACGCUUCAAGCAAGCUUAGCCGCACAGCCAAUGACCGGAGGAUGUCCCGCCCAUCCCUCUUCACAACCACUCGCCUGCGUGAAAUCCCCGCCAGCUUCUGAUCGACAGGAUGCCAGACAAAUCAAAUUGUGACUUUUGAAAGCAAAACACUGCAGCACCCGGCAGCUCGGAGUUGGGAAGGAAUUAAGGAGGCUGUGCCUCCGGGUUGUACCAAGAGUUCAAGUCAUUUCUCAGAAACGUCGGCCAGGUGGAUCUUCGAGGGAACGCCGCCGAGCCUGCAAGAAUCAGGAAGCGCACCGUCGUCUGUCUGCUUGGGAGAGACAGAAACUGGCUCUUCAGUCAGGGAAGCCGAGAGAAAGCUGUAGAGCAGCCCGAAGAGCCUCGAGUGCUGUUUUGGCGUGAGGAAGAGAUGGCUGCCAGGAGGAGGUGAGCAUCGCGAGGGACGAUGGCUUCCCGUGCCCGCCCCGCCUAACCCCAGCUCCAGCUCCGCGCCAGGCCCUGUGGAAUGUGCCACUAGGGCGCCAUGGACGGAGCCCAGCGCACAGGCCUGCAGCUGCAGCAGCUCCUGCCCACCAGCAGCGCCAGCUCGGCCAGCGAGGCUUCCUUCUCCUACAAGGAAAACCUGAUUGGAGCCCUGCUGGCGAUUUUUGGGCACCUUGUGGUCAGCAUCGCCCUUAACCUCCAGAAGUACUGCCACAUCCGCCUGGCAGGCUCCAAGGACCCCCGCGCCUACUUCAAGACCAAGACGUGGUGGCUGGGCCUGUUCCUCAUGCUGCUGGGUGAGCUGGGCGUGUUCGCCUCCUACGCCUUCGCCCCGCUCUCGCUGAUCGUGCCCCUCAGCGCCGUCUCCAUGAUCGCCAGCGCCAUCAUAGGGGUCAUAUUCAUCAAGGAAAAAUGGAGACCGAAAGACUUCCUGAGGCGCUACGUCCUGUCCUUUGUGGGCUGCGGCUUGGCUAUCGUGGGCACCUACCUGCUGGUGACCUUCGCGCCCAACAGCCACGAGAAGAUGACGGGCGAGAACAUCACCAGGCACCUUGUGAGCUGGCCUUUCCUCCUGUACAUGCUGGUGGUGAUCGUCCUGUUCUGCCUGCUGCUGUACUUCUACAAGGAGAAGAGCGCCAACAGCGUCCUCGUCAUUCUCCUCUUGGUGGCUUUGCUUGGCUCCAUGACGGUGGUGACGGUCAAGGCUGUGGCCGGGAUGCUGGUGCUGUCCAUCCAGGGGAAUCUGCAGCUUGACUACCCCAUCUUCUACGUCAUGUUCGUGUGCAUGGUGGCCACCGCCAUCUACCAGGCCGCGUUUUUAAGCCAAGCCUCCCAGAUCUACGACUCCUCCUUGAUUGCCAGCGUGGGCUACAUCCUGUCCACCACGGUGGCCAUCACUGCAGGCGCGGUGUUCUACCUGGACUUCAUUGGGGAGGACGUGCUGCACAUCUGCAUGUUUGCACUGGGGUGCCUCAUUGCAUUCUUGGGCGUCUUCUUAAUCACCCGUAACAGGAAGAAGGCCAUUCCAUUUGAGCCCUAUAUUUCCAUGGAUGCCAUGCCAGGUAUGCAAAACGUGCAUGACAAGGGGAUGACAGUCCAGCCUGACCUCAAAGCUUCUUUUUCCUAUGGGGCCCUGGAAAACAACGACAGCAUUUCCGAGAUCUACGCUCCGGCCACGCUGCCAGUCAUGCAGGAGGAACACGGCUCGGGAAGUGGCCCCGGGGUCCCCUACCGAGUGCUGGAGCACACCAAGAAGGAAUGAGGCCUGGGGUGUCCCCCGCCUUCCCUAGCUGCCCAGGCUGACGUGGCUCCCCUUCUGCUACAACUUGCCUUUCAAGUCUUUUUUUCUUCCUUUUUCCUUUUUUUUAACCGAGAACUUUAUGGAAGGGGAUCUUGAAAGCCUUUGUGACCUUGGUCUUGAAUUUUCAGGUGGGGAGGUUGGGGAGAGGGAGGACAGUGUCCAGGUGGGCUGCGUGGAACUCAGCCCAGCCUGGUUUACCUUCUUGCCUCCGGAGGGCACUGAGCCUCCCCAGGCAAUGACCAAAGUUUGCCCCGCUCUUGUCUUCGGGGCUCAAGCCAGGCCGAGACUGUGCCCUUCCUUCUAGAUCCGGCGCAGCCUGGAGACCUCGGAAGCGCGCCUUCCUCCGCCUGGCCGGCACGCUGGCCGGCCGGUCUCACUCACGAUUCGUAUCCUUGACAAUAUCCUUGCGCCCCUUUGUGUGGCGUGGCAGGACGUGCGGUCACCGGCGCCUUGGCAGCGUCCCUCUGCCUCUGGUCAUCUGGAUCUGCUCCAAAAACUGCUUUGGUGUUGGUCCUGUGAGGACUGCGUGAUUGUUUCCCCCAGAGGAAGUGAGAAGUUAGAGAAGAAGGGAGAAUAGGAGGAAUAGGAGCCAGGGGGUGAUCGUUAGAAGAAAAGGGACGCUAGGACAGCCGACUUCCUUUUCCCCCCAACACGCCCUGGGAAACCUGAGCAGCUCAUCACAGAGUCAGACUCCCAGCUGCCCCUCCAUGCUCCCCUUUAGAGACCCGGCCACCCUUGUGCUGGUCAUUUCCCCGGAGUCGGUGCAGACCGCUCGGUCCCCAGCCCCAGCACGGUGUGUGGGAGAAGCAGCAGUACUCACAGACAGGUGGUGCGCCUUCUGGAUGCGGACCUGACUAUGUUAAUGGAAGAAAAGGUUUGCAAACUUUAAUUAGCCUAAGGGUCCCCCUGGAGUUUAUUUAAAAUAAAGAUUCCUACAUCCCAACCGGGGAGACAGUUUAGGUAGUCCUGGGGUGGGGCCAAGCGGCUGCAUUGGCACCUGGCACCAUAGGCCAUUCUGAAGCUAGUAACCUGAGAAUCACCCCUAGAAAGCCUGCAGUGGAAAGAGGCAGCUGUUAGGACUCCGGGCCCCCGGCUAGAAAGUUAGAACUACUCUCCAUUUCCUCUCUGGGCUGCUUUGGGCAGGUGGAGAAGCCCCAUAGGAUCUGUAGCUUUUCUCCACCAUUAAGUACCACUUAGAUCAGCUCCUGCCUCCCCAGGCACCCUUAACUAGGAGGCAGGUAACAGUGUUAACAGGCCAGUGUUGACAGGUCACUUAUCUUCAUAGAUUGUGCUUAAUACUGACUUAGUUCCUGACUUCACUAUUUGUUGUCCUGAUAACUACUUCUGUAUUGUGUCUUAACCACUUCUGUAUUGUCCUAAAUGCCUACCAAGGCAACAAGGAACUUUCUGUCCCCUUAGGAUGAGUAAUGACUCCGUUCAACAAUAUUUAUGAGACAUUUACUACACAUUAAGCAUUUAGAGGGUGGAGCUACAAACAGAACAUAGUUCCAUCCUCCAGCCAGCAGGGGGAGACACGGGGAUGCAGGAGACUCCGGCAGGGCUGUGAUAGGUGUCAAGUGCAAGAGGGACUGCAGACCUUUUUUUGCAGGGCUGGGGAUGAACCCAGGGCCUUGCACAUACUAGGCAAUUACUCUACCACUGAGCUACACUCCUGGCCCCAGGAGUAGACCACAGAAAGCAACAGGCCAGGCCCUGAGCCCAAAGGGUAUUCAGAAUUGGAGGAGAGUUGGGCCCCAGUAACAGAUGGUGGUGAAUAUAGCUAAGAUUUGAGCAGAGCCUGCCUGGGCAGAAGGACCAGCAUUUGCAAAGAACUGCGGGGAUUGCCAAAGGAGAGACCGGGAAGGAGUGGGAGAGGAACCACGGAAGAUCAGCAGUGCAGUCCGAGCUGCUUCAGUACUUGGCAGAGGAGUGUAAAGUGUCCCUGAGAGGGGAUGGGAGCCAUGGAUGGUUCCUGAGGAAGAGAGUGGCAGGGUGAGGCCUUGUUCAGUGUGAAGGAAGAAACGAGCUAAGGAGGCACCUUUCAAGGUCAAGCUCUGGCCCUGCAGGGACACACAAAGGGGAAGUAAGUCGGGUUUCAGUGCUAUUCAGAUAUUCCCGUUUCCUAGGUAAUUUUUGAAAGGUCGGGGAGGGGCAGAGUGGCAGAGAAGGUAGCGGGAGCCGUUCAGUGCGUGCAGCCAGGUGAGGAGCUUUGGCCUUCAGUGUGCUCCCAGCCCCCUCCACCCCUCCCUUCCCGCUUUGGCUAAUGAGCCAUUUGGCCUUGAGCCAGCCAGCUCUCGAGAUGAGUGGACACAUGGCAUCCUAACUUCAGGGCUGCUGUGUGUCGUUCCUGGGUGACAAUGACCAUGCCACCCAGGGCCCGGGCAGCUCCCUGUCCUCAGGUCUGGGCCACCGAAGGCUAUGGUGGUUUCGUGAGUGAGCCUGAGGUGCGUCUCAGGCAGCUGGGAAGAGCGACCGAAGCAGAGCCAACAUCUCCAGGGUCCUGACUCUGCCCUGGGCUGGCCUCCCAGGUGCUGUCCCUAGGUGUCAGUGGAGUGUCCACUAAUGGCCAUGCAGCACUGGCUGGUAGGACCUGGAGGGGAACGUGAACUCUGCACUCCCAGCGGAGUCCUGCUUCGCUCUGUUCCCAGCCCCGAGGCCCCAAGCAGCUUUGAACACCGUCUCCCUCCCGGCAGCCAGGCCUGACCAAGUGUGGGUCUGAACUGCAGCCUAUCUCUGGUCUUCCUCUGCCCCCGGCCUGAGCCUGGGGUUCUGGUUCCCUGGUGAGACAUUAGUUCUGACAAAUUCAGAGGCUACCUUUGAAGCGGGGGUUGGCAGCAUAGAAUUGAAUGCUGGCGGGGAGGGAGGGCCGGGUCUCCACUGCAUUUCUGGUGGCAACCAGCCAGCUUGAGGGUGCUGUGCGGACACGGGGCCUCCAUCAGGGUGGUGCUGGGGUGCGAGCUCCUAAAUCUGACCCAGCACUGGCUGGUAGGCAAAAAAGAGUCGCUGUGUGUCUCUCGGAGAAGCUGUGUAAGUGAAGUCACUUCAGAAUGUCUUCUAUGUGGAUGCUUAUAUUUUGUUAACUUUGUGACUAAUAUGGCAUGUCUUAUUUUUCAAAAAAAAAAUGUGUACUAGGUGCAAAUAACAUGAAGUGAUAUUUAAUUAAAAAAAAAAAUCCACCCAG